GUGAAAAAAAGGCAACAUUUUUGGAGUAAUUAUUUUGUUUUACUCAUUUUAUUCAUUUCCUUAUUCAUGUAUUCAAUCAUUUUUAUUCAUUUUUUUUUCUCUUCGUCAAAAGUAGACUGAAGAUUUAAGUAAAACCAUGUAGGCCUAUAUCACGUUAUUUUAUUUAAUCUAUAUAUGAAUGCCUUUUAUUAUUAUUAUUAUUAUUAUUAUUAUUAUUAUUAUUAUUAUUAUUAUUAUUAUUAUUAUUAUUAUUAUUAUUUUUUUUUUACUAAUUAUUUCCAUUUUUAUCUAUUCUUUACCAUUCAUAUUCCUCCUCUGCUUUUUCUUUUUUUCUUUAUCUGUUUUCUUCUUUUUCUUCUUCCUUUUCUUCUUCUUUUGCCCUCGUCUGUUCCUCCUCCUCCUCCUCUUCAUUUUUCUUCAUUUUCUUUUCUUUCUUCUUCGUUUUGUUGCGUAUUUUCAGUUUCCUCCUUCUUUUCUUUCUUUUUUCUUCUUUUUCUUCUUCCUUUUCUUCUUCUUUUACCCUCAGUUGUUUCUCCUCCUCCUAAUCCUUUGCAUUUUUCUUCAUUUUCUUUUCUUUCUUCCUCGUUUUGUUGCGUAUUUUCAAUUUCCUCCUUUUUCUCUUUCUUUUUUCUUCUUUUUCUUCUUCCUUUUCUUCUUCUUUUACCCUCAGUUGUUUCUCCUCCUCCUAAUCCUUUGCAUUUUUCUUCAUUUUCUUUUCUUUCUUCUUCGUUUUGUUGCGUAUUUUCAGUUUCCUCCUUCUUUUCUUUCUUUUUUUUCUUCUUUUUCUUCUUCCUUUUCUUCUUUUACCCUCAGUUGUUCCUCCUCCUCCUCCUCCUCUUCUUUUUCUUCUUCAUUUUCCUUUUUCUUCUUCGUUUUGUUGCGUAUUUUCAAUUUCCUCCUUUUUCUCUUUCUUUUUUUCUUCUUUUCUUCAUCCUUUUCUUCUUUUACCCUCAGUUGUUCUUCCUCCUCCUCCUCCUCCUCCUCCACCUCCUCUUCUUUUUCCUUUCUUUCUUCUUUGUAUUUUGUAUUUUCAAUUUCCUCUUACUCUCUUUUUUCUUCUCUUUUUUUUGUUGUGGUUCUUUUUCUUCUUCUUCUUCUUCGUUAUUUUCUUCUUUUCUCCCUCUAUCUUUUCUUUACUUUCCUUCCUGUUUCCUUCUACUUUUUCCGCCUCUCUCGUUCCCAUUACUACUACUACUACUACUACUACUACUACCAAAUCACACAAACUAUUACUUAUACUAUCACGACUAUUGUAUUUGUUUUCUACCUUUUGUUAAUAUUGUGGAAUGCAUGUUAAUUUUUUUUUAAUUCUACGUGUUUUUUUUUUUUGUCUUCUUCGGUUUGAUUGUGUCUGUCUGUCUGUCUGUCUACCUGUGUGUGUGUUUGUGUGUACAUUUGUCUGUUCUGUUUAAUUGUCUGUUUUUCUUAUGGUUUGUCUUUAUUUCUGUUUGUUUUAUCUCCUUGCCUGUCUGUCUGUUUUUCCGUUGACGUGUUUGUGUGUUUGUCUGUGUUUAUGUUCGUUUGUCUGUCUGUGUUUAUCUGUGAAUCUGUGUAUUUGUCUGUGUCUGUAUAUCUGUCUGUUUGUCUGUCUGUGUUUAUCUGUGAAUCUGUGUGUUUGUGUCUGUAUAUCUGUCUGUUUGUCUGUCUGUGUUUAUCUGUGAAUCUGUGUGUUUGUGUCUGUAUAUCUGUCUGUUUGUCUGUCUGUGUUUAUCUGUGUACCGGUGUGUUUGUCUGUGUCUGUAUAUCUGUCUGUUUGUCUGUCUGUGUUUAUCUGUGUAUCGGUGUGUUUGUCUGUGUCUGUAUAUCUGUCUGUUUGUCUGUCUGUGUUUAUCUGUGUACCGGUGUGUUUGUCUGUGUCUG